UGGAGGAUGCUGCAACCAAAUGCACUGCGGUAAAAAAAUAUAACGACAGACAGGGGGCGAGAAGUCUAUUAUUCGCAAUGCAACCCUGGGAGAAACAUCUCUUCUAGGCCUACAAAUCCAGGGUCAUUUGAUGGGUGGAAUAAUUUUUGCCACUCAAAAGGAUCAAUAAUAAUAAUCCAUCAGAAGGAACAGAUAGCCUACAUUUCCCCGGAAAAAGGACAGAUCGGCAUAAGGAGGCAAUUUUGUUCAGAAGGGACAACGUGAGGACAGUAAAAUAGAAGUGCAUGGCACUAAGAGCAUGGCACAACGAGCAUGGCGCCUGCAACACCAAGAUUGUGGGUUCUAUUCCCCGGAACACCAGUCAUUUCGGAGGAAGCAACUUCAGUCCCUACCAUUUCUUACUUUGCUCAAACAAAGUCUUUCUGGAUAACAUCUCAAAGGAAUAUCACACUCUCAAGUGUUCAAAGAGACUGUUGGGAUAUUUUUUGAUAGCUUUUGAGGCUUCUCAGCCCUAGGAUCUGUACUAUCAUUGCUACAUUACACCCGAGGACAUGUCUGCUGUGCGGCUGCUGCUCCUGUCUCUGCUUUGUGCCCUCUUUGUGUCCCUGUGCAAUGGGGCCUGUUCAGAGGUGGACUCGGACACUGAGGCCGUUGCAGGCAAAGGGUUCAAACUGGGCUGCAUCUCCUGUAAGAUGAGGCCCGAGGUGGAGGCUUCUGCCACGGUCGACUGGUAUUUCAAGGCCAAAGGGGAAGCUGACUAUGCACAUAUAUAUAAUUACAAUGAGGAGGGCCCCCACAUUGUGGAUGAGCGCUUUGAGGACCGAGUGGACUGGAACGGCAGUAAGAGGAGCCAAGACAUACAGGAUGCGUCCAUCUACGUCUUCAAUGUCACCUUCAAUGACUCGGGCACCUACCGUUGCUUCUUCCACCGGCUCCUGACGUACGAGUUCUACGAAUACCAGACCGUUGUCAGCAAGCUUGUGCACCUGAAAGUGGUGGCUAAAGCCACCAGAGGGACAGCCUCCAUAGUCUCUGAGGUGAUGAUGUACGUGUCCAUCAUCGGGCUACAGGCUUGGCUCUACAUAGAGAUGGUAUACUGCUUCAGAAAGAUCUCAGCUGCAGGAGAGGAAGCAAUAAGAGAAAGCGCGAAUGCAGAAUAUUUAGCUAUUGCCUCGGAGAGUAAAGAUAACUGUGCAGGAGUGCAAGUGGCAGAAUAAAACAGGUAUAUCAUGAAAAAAACUGUUAUCAGCAAGUAAAAGGAUACGUAAACUCAAAGCAUAAACAAUGGAAAUGCAGCACAGCACAUAGUAGCCUACAAAAUUCAAGUAUCGGAGUGAUAUUUGCAAUGGGCUCAGCCAAACAAUGUAUGUGAUGGAUUCGACUUCCACUUUAUAUCCCUACUGCAGCGUGCUGGUGGCAAACUUUCCAGAGUCAAUUAUUUGAAAGAGUCAAUUCAUAAGAGUAUAAAAGUAAAGUAAAUAGUUUUAAGUAAGUGUAAGUGUAUAAGUAUUAUUUUAUUUUAUUUUAUUUGAUUCAAGUGCGCUAAUGUUAGCUAGACCUAGUAGGCUGGUUCUGUUGUGGUAGAGUUAACAAAGGCCUGGGCCAUCCACCAAGCCAAUAACUCUAAUGUUGACUACAAUGAUAAACUAUUGGCUGCAUAACUAUAAAACAUUGGUGAGCUUCCAUCCUAGAGGAAAGCUGAUCGUUUAUCAUUCUACAGUCCUACACCUGUCAAUCAACUGAUCAAAGCAGUCUACUGCAGGCUGCCUAUUGAUAAGGUGGUAACACAAGACCAUUCACGAGGUCUCUAACACACAGACAGGCUACUGGUUCAGUGACCAUUCAGUACUUUUAGGGUGUGUUCAUUGUCAACUGCAAAUAAUAGGCUACUUCAAUGUACAUGUAGGCCUAGUGAAAAAUUAUAUAGUAACUUGUAUUUAAAUGUAGCAAUUCAACAACAAAUGCCAUUUAGCCUGCACAUAUUGUACUGCAUGCCAUUGCCUUUUUGUUCCAGUGGUUUGCAAGGGAUUUCCAUUUUUGUAAUGGUUGUCAAUUCCUUUGGGUCUUCUUUUUCACUGUGCUCGUCUCUGUAUGUUCUGUGCAACUAUUUGCAAUGCAUCAGUGCAACAAUCGUAUCAUAACUGGCCAAAAGUAAUCACACCAAUGCACUUUCCCUCAAUUUUCCUCGACAUGCAUUUUCUAUGCUGUUGUAGGCCUGUUUUACAUUCAGCGAUUAGCAAGAACAAUCAUGCUUCUUUCCCCGAAUAAACUAUUAGGCCUAGUAUAAAAAAAUCUAAAUGUCUAUAGCUUUUGUAGACUAUAACUUUCACUGGGAUUUCACACGAAGAGGAAUGGCCUAUUUCGGAGAGGCUUGCGGCAUAUAGCCUGUUGCGCACGGGAACAACUGGAAGAGAGAGGCUAUUGAUGUUUAGCCGGAUUAAGAAGCGAAAUAUUAGCUAGAUAUUAGGCCAUUCACUAGCUAAAUAUUAAACUAUAGGCUAAAUAGUUACCUGUCAAAGUCCGAGAAAAAGAAAUGAACAGAUUAUGAUAUGGCAGAUCUGUAGUGGGCAGAUAGAUGUGUAGUGCGUUCCAGCAGGCUGCGCUCCGUUGUCCCCAGGCACGCAAAGCUCCACUAUUGAUUAGUCCCAGGCCUACGUUUUUAAGCCAAUAAAAUAAUUAUACCUGGCCUACAACAACGCAGUGCAAUGAGGAAUGAAUUAUUGUUAUUCAGUGAAUACGAAACUAUUGUCCGUGGGCUGUAAACUGCAGUAAUGUAGGCUAAUCUGAAUAACUGCGCACACAUCCCGAAAUAACUGCAUAGGUCAACAGCGUGGGCCUGAUUAUACAACAAUUUUGGAUCCAUUUGGGUCUAUCCUCAACAGUGUAUAAGGUCCAGAAAGAUACAUUAGCAGGUCACUCAUAUGGUGUAGACCUAUUUUGUCAGGAUGUAGCCCGGUGUUAAGAUAGGAGUAGCCUACUAUAAAUAUGGACUGCUCUUUUCCAUCUCCCCGCCCGUUAAUGCUAUAGCAUAUUUUACAUUCAGCAAGCAAGAGCAAGCAUGCAUCUAAACUCCAACGGGCUAUUAGUAGGCUAAUGAAAAUAAGUUGAAACAAGUGUCCAACAAGCUUUUGGCUUUUACUGGGAAUUUAAAAGGAAUAGCCGUGACAGCGGAGAGGCCAGAUGCAUAAUUUCGCAACAGAACAAUGAAGACAGACAGGCUCGACAUGUACCAUAUAGCCUAAAUUAGAAGCGUAUGCAUAUUCGACCAUAAUUCACAAGACCAAUGUUAGGCUUAAUACUGCAGUGCAUAUAUCCAGUCAAAGGGGAAAAAAAGUGUAUCAUUAAAAUAAAGCAUAGGUAGUUUACAAUAUGUGCGCGCUCCCUCCCAGUACCCAGGUAUGAUGCUCGAAAAUAUACCCUAUUGUUUCAGUUUUGUAGGGACAAGCAAUGCAUCCUACAUAGGCUACAACAACACAAUGUAAUGAAGAAUGUUAUUGUUUUCAAGUGAGUACAAACUCUAGUCUAGGCUGUAAACGGCAGUGAAUAGCCUGUCAUUUGAAUAACCACUCAAAACCUGGCAUUUAGAAUGCAUAUUCAUUUUGAAAUAAGCGCAUCUAGGUUGCCUGAUUGGGCAACCAUCUGGAUCAGUUAUGCUUUUUUCCAAUGCAGUUUAGCCUAAAAAGUCCACACAGGACAGUAAUAUGGUGUAUUUUGUCAUUAUGUAUCAGCUAACAGAAACCUACUAUUAAAUGCAGGGAUUUCUAGUGGUGCACAUAUGAAUUGUGAUCAUGCAUGAGCAUGGAGGAAGUUGUAUCCAUAGUUUAGGCAUUUGGCUUCUGUGUUUUAAAAGUUUUCAAAAAUGAGGUGGAUAUCAGUCAGCUAAUACACACUACUUUUGUGAGAAACAUAUAUAUUCUUUUUUUGAUUAUGGUUUUUCAGGGGUGCUUACACACAAAAGCAUGUUUCUAAUUCAAAUAAUUAAUCAUUGUGUGUCGUGCAUCAAGGUAUUUUUUUCUGUUGUAAUGAUCCAAGUGUAUGUACAUUUAUAUUAAGAGGUAUUGUGAGAGAAUUAAUCUGAUUGAAUGGCUAUCAAGAUAACUUUAUCACACACUGUAUUUCAGUUUUUUUUCUCCCAAUGACUUGGGUGCAAUUUUCACAAGUAUGUGGUACAUUUUCACAACUCUAAUCACAAAAAUAAUGUUUCAAAACUCUAAGCACAUUUCCCAUUGACUGAGUACAACAAACAAAUUCAAAGUCACAAGUUCGCUGCACCAAAUCACUCUUUCAAUUUGUAUACAUGUUCAAUCUAAGUAACUGUUUUUCAAAAUGCAAUGUUCACUUUGCUGUUGAUUUUCUUGUCAUUUGUUAACAACACAAUUCACUUAAUCAUACUGCUCAAAACUGAUAAAUACUGAACCACAAUUAUGUAGUUCCUAGUUAACGUAUGUAGUUUGAUAACUGCUGAACACUGAAAAAUGAUAUUUCAAAUGUAUCAAUUUGACAUCAAUUUAUGGUGGAAGGUAAAACAAACCAUAUAUGGAUAUGGCUGUAAAUACUACAUUAUAAUUUUUUCCAUCAGCCAGUGUGCUUCAAUGGGACACAAUCGAAAAGAAUCACUCUACAUGUACACCACCGUUCAAAAGUUUGGGGUCACUUGUGUUACCUAAUCCAGGUUUAUCAUUUUAAAGGGCUAUUUGAUCAUUAGA